AGUUAUGGCGCAGAGCCUCCUUCUCCUCCUUCAGUUCUUCUGCAAAUAAAACCCUCACUGCUUUGAAACAAUACAGUGCGAGUUGGCAGAGAAGAAUCCUUAUUUCUUUGAUUUCACUUUGACCGCGCAAUGUCACAGAGCUCAUCUGCCAAGAAGCAGGGUCCAGAUCAAUCGGACGGUGGUGGUGCCGCCCCGAAAUUGCAGCGCGGCAAAAUGGUGAAAUCUAUAGAAGACAAUGAGAGGAAGAGCUUGAGCAAGAAAGUGAAAGAUGUUGAAAUUUGUGUUCCCAUAGUGUACGGUAACAUUGCAUUCUGGCUGGGUAAAAGGGCAAGCGAGUAUCAAUCUCAUAAGUGGACAGUUUACGUUCGUGGGGCUACAAAUGAGGAUUUAGGUGUGGUGAUAAAGCGUGCAGUCUUCCAACUUCAUUCUAGCUUUAAUAAUCCAAUGAGGGUGGUGGAAUCGCCACCAUUCGAGUUAUCAGAAUCUGGAUGGGGUGAAUUCGAGAUUGCCAUCACACUCUAUUUCCAUUCGGAUGUUUGUGAUAAGCCACUAAACGUAUAUCACCACUUAAAGUUGUACCCUGAGGAUGAAUCUGGCCCUUUGUCCGCUAAAAAACCUGUUGUUGUCGAGUCAUAUGAUGAGAUUGUAUUCCCUGAGCCAAUGGAGGGUUUUUUGGCUCGUGUGCAGAAUCAUCCUGUGGUGACCGUGCCCAGGCUACCUGCUGGUUUCACUUUACCUCCACCUGUGCCAAUUGAUGAUGUGAAUAAAAAGAAGAGAGGUGAUACCAAAGACAAUGCCCUAAGCCAGUGGUUCACGAAUUUCUCAGAGGCAGAUGAGCUAUUAAAACUUGCAACGGCUCGCCAGCAGGUGCAAGCUCACAUUGCUAAACUGAAAAGACAGUUGAAUCUGCUAGAUGGGCCGCAUCAACAGUUGAAAUCUGCAGCUGAUCUGUGAAUGUACAUUACUUCCCACAAAUUUCUUGAGAAAUUCUGCUUCAUGUUGGUUAUGUGGAAGACCUGUGAGGGCUUAAGAAUCUAAAAUCAUAUGAUUCAUGUGGCUUGCUCUGCCCCCAGAAUUAAAAAAAAAAAAAAAAGGAGAUCUGUUUCAUCCUCUUGCCGUUUCCUUCUUCUCAAGAGGUCUAAUGACAGUUCAGUGCUGUAUCAAAAGAACAAAAGGAAAAAAGAAGAAAGAAGAGAUUUUGGUUAUAAAAGUUUUGAUAGUUGAAUUUACUGUACUCCAUGAACUGCCAGUGGGUACACUAAAAGGACCAUUUUUCUAACUUUCUCUUUUUUUUUUUUUUUUGCUGUUAAUUCUACAAUGGAAGCCAUGCUUUAUCAGGUUUGUGAAGUGCAUCAUAUUGAAAAAGUUUGACCAA